ACCGCGCGCCUACCACUACUCCACCACCGACGCGUGUACUAGCGCUGCCACGCGCGGGCACCCAUAUAAGCCCUCCUCUCUUCCCCUCUCGCUCCCCCUCUCCCUGCCGCCGCCGCUAUCUACAAGUACCAGGCCAAGGUCGCGGGCUGCUCGAGCGGACGCGCAUCCCCUGACGCCUCAACUAUCCCGUCCCGCGCCGCCGAGAUCUCUCCGAGGAGCAGCAGACAUGUCGUCGGGGCGGUACAUGGCCUACUCGCCCUCGCCGUCCACCACCCCGCACUCCCCACGUAUCUCUGGCCUCCGUGCCCCCUCCGCCGCCGUCGCCGACCAGGAGAAGUACCUUGCAGAACUGCUCGCGGAGAGGCACAAGCUGAGCCCAUUCAUCCCAGUGAUCCCGCAUAGUGUACGGUUGCUGAAUCAAGAAAUUUUACGUGUUUCCACACUAUUGGAGAACGCUUCCCUUUUAACUCAAAGUGGCCUUGAACAUGGUAGUCCACUAACAACGGGAGGAUUAUAUUCAAAUGGAGCAGCUGCUGACAUGAAUGGGUGGACAUCAGCAUUUCAAUCAGAAAGUUCACCAGCAUAUAGCUGGCUUGGAGGUUCCCAAGGCAGCUCAUCUGGACUGAUUGUCAAUAAAACGAUGAAGGUCGAUAUCCCAGUAGACAAAUAUCCAACAUACAAUUUUGUUGGUCGCAUCCUUGGUCCUAGAGGAAAUUCCUUGAAGCGAGUGGAGGCAACUACAGACUGCCGCGUGCUAAUAAGAGGUCGGGGCAGCAUUAAAGAUCCAGCUCGGGAGGAAAUGAUGCGAGGGAAGCCAGGAUACGAGCAUCUGAAUGAACCCCUUCAUAUAUUGGUUGAGGCGGAGCUGCCUGUUGAAAUCAUUGAUGCUCGCUUGAUGCAAGCCCGUGAGAUCCUUGAAGAUCUGCUAAAGCCUGUGGAUGAAUCCCAGGACUUCUUCAAGAAGCAGCAGCUGCGGGAGCUUGCAAUGAUCAAUGGCACCCUCCGUGAGGAAGGGAUGCAGAGAUCUGGUUCAGCAUCCCCUUUCCACAACAGCCUUGGAAUGAAGAGAGCCAAGACAAGGGGGUAAAGAUGCAAGUACUAUGAAGGGAACCAAUCAUCUAUUCUGAGACCGAUCCUGGGUACGCAUAUGGGGUUGCCUUGCCGGCUAACGUCCCAAUACGGUCUCGCACCACCAGCAUCGGGGCGGCCCGUACUUGAUAACUAUAUAUAUCUGGAGUUGUGUUUCCUGCUACUGGGGAGGUUUGGUUAUGGCGAUAUAGGGUAUUGUGAAGAGUUUGGUAGCGAUGUGAUUUGUGUACUGCUCGUAUGGAGCUAUGAACUGGUGAAUGAGGUUUUGGAAAGCUUUGGGCUUGUAUUUUUUUUUUAAGACUGAACUAAGGAUGUUUGGGAUUGAAGCGGUGAUGUAACUUGUGUAGUGUAUGCAAUUAGCUUGGGCGCUUGCUCAUUCGAACUUUCGAUUAACACUGUCUAUGUUUAGUGGUA